AAUGAGGCCACUGGACGAGCAAGAGACAACGGUGGUGUUUGAGAAGCUCCACAAAUUCGUGGGCGCCAAUCUCCGGCAGAUCGUGGAGCGCAAGGACGCCAUCACAUCUAGCAGGUAUUGCUUUCGCCUCCACAAGCAGCGCGUCUACUACGUGAGCGAGGAUCUCGUCAAGAAGGCCACCAAUGUGUCGCGGGAGAAGCUCGUCUCGCUGGGCACUUGCAUCGGCAAAUACACCAAGAGCGGCAAAUUCCAUCUCACCAUCACUUGCCUCGAUCUCCUGGCGGCGCAUUCCAAGCACAAGAUUUGGCUCAAGCCCUCGGCGGAGAUGUCCUUCCUCUACGGCAAUCACGUCCUCAAGAGCGGGCUUGGAAGGAUCACCGAGAACACCCCGCAGUACGAAGGGGUUGUGAUCUAUUCCAUGUCCGAUGUGCCGCUGGGAUUCGGGCUGGCUGCGAAAUCCACGCACGAUUGCAGGAAGCUGGAUCCAAACGACAUCGUCGCCCUGCACCAGGCGGAUGUGGGAGAGUACCUCCGGCUGGAAGACGAUGUGUGAUUUUUUAGGGUUCUUCCAUGUCAUCUCGUUGCCGUUGGAUCGGGCGUUGAUCCAACGGCUGAAACGUAACCCUUAUGGCGCGGGUUCGAAUCCCUAUCCAGCGAAUAUUAAAACCCCCUGUUUAUUUCCUGCAAACCCUUGUUCUUCCGCCAUAGCCAGGAGCUUCGGAUCGCAGAUCGUCGACGGCGCCAUGGGAAUGGAGAAGGAGCGCGAAUGCUUUGUCUAUAUGGCCAAGCUUGCCGAGCAAGCAGAGCGCUACGACGAAAUGGUCGAAUCCAUGAAGAAGGUCGCCAAGCUCGAUGUGGAGCUCACCGUGGAGGAACGAAAUCUCCUGUCCGUGGGGUACAAGAACGUUAUCGGCGCACGGAGAGCGUCGUGGCGGAUCUUGUCCUCGAUCGAGCAAAAGGAGGAGAGCAAAGGCAACGAGCAAAACGUGAAGCGGAUCGGCGACUACCAGCAGAAGGUAGAGGACGAGCUCUCCACGAUUUGCAAUGACAUUCUCACCAUCAUCGACGAGCAUCUAGUCCCCGCAUCUAGCACCGGCGAGUCUACGGUGUUUUAUUACAAGAUGAAAGGAGACUACUUCCGUUAUCUCGCGGAGUUCAAGACCGGUAACGAAAGAAAGGAGGCGGCCGAUCAAUCAUUCAAGGCUUACCAGGCCGCCACUGAUACUGCUUCGACCGAUCUGCCUCCUACGCAUCCAAUUCGGCUUGGGCUGGCACUAAACUUCUCAGUUUUCUACUACGAGAUACUCAACUCGCCAGAUCGCGCUUGCCAGCUAGCCAAGCAAGCUUUUGACGAUGCGAUCGCGGAGCUGGACACGCUCAGCGAAGAAUCCUACAAGGACAGCACUUUGAUCAUGCAGCUUCUCAGAGACAACUUGACGCUGUGGACGUCGGAUCUACAGGAAGACGGAGUUGAGGAUGCGUCCAAAGGAGAGAUAACUGGGAAGCCCGAACCUGAGGUAAUGCGUGCGUGAGACGAAUUUUCGAGUGGCACCAGCAAAAGCUCUCCUUUUUUUUACUUCCUCUCUUCUCUGUUCAUUCUGGGGCCUCCCCUCUCUCUCUCUCUCGUUCUCUCUUUUUCUCGCUGCUGUUCACCAGUGUCUCUUCUAAUCACAAGUCUUCUAGCGUGCUAUGCACUUGAGGUCAUUUUCCUUGUGUGAUUUCGCUUUUGGCUAUUUUUUUUCCUGUUCUUUCCUUUCCUUUUCUUUUCACUGUGGAGGGAGAGAGAUGAUCAACACCGCAGUAGCUAAUGUUGUUGGUGACGCACUCUGGGAAUUUCCUUACUGCUUUCUCGAUAGAGAAGAGGGGGACUAUAUACUUACCAGUCCAAUCCAAUGCUACUCUCGCGAAAUGAAAAAAAUGGAAGCUCUUUGAAUAA